AUGAUGAAAAGUAAGAAGGUACAAGCAGGUGAUUCUGAAAAUGAAUUUGACGUUGAUGACCCGGAAGAAGUGGGAGAAUACUCUGAAGAUAAAUCUACUUCAACAGCUGCUGCCAAAACUCUUGGUAAAAGAAGACGACCAGCCAAAAGUACACCUGUCACAAAAAAGAAGAAACCAAAGGUUUCUGAUGAUGAAUAUAAAGAAGAAAUAAGACCUGCAAAAGAGAGAGAAUCAAAAGCUAAACCUCCCCCACCUGCACCAAUGCUAACAUCGGCUAGAGGUUGCGAAAGACCAACUAAAGUAUUAAAAGUGGUGCCUGAAGAAGAGCCAGAAGAUGAUGAAGACUUUGAGGAAUUAAAUGAAGAAGAAGAUGAUGACAAUGUAGAAUUAUCGGAAGAAGAGCUUAAUCAAGUACCAAAAGCAAAGACAGUUCGAAAAUUCACUUCGGGAGCGUUUAUCGUAAGCAAGAGUGAUAUGUGUAAAGCUGCCCCUCCUGUGUGGCAAAUUGAUGAACUGGAGGUUUUACAAAAGUUUAUUCCAAUCUUAUAUGGUGAUAAAGUAUUCUACAAAAGUAUUGAUAUAUAUCGUCCUUUUUUUUCGAAUUUUAAAGAAGAGUGCUACAUUGCACCUGUAUCAGUUAUAAAGCACACCGAGGAAGAACACAUUAUAGAAUUUCACAAAGAUAAAAUUAAGAAAGAUCCUGAGUUAAGAAGCUGUCAAGGGAAGAAUUAG